AUGGAUCCCCUCGGCGCCGCACGCGCGCUUCGCGUCGGAGAGAUCUUUCGGCGUCAGCGCGACGGCGGCGUCGCCGUAUUCGACGCACUUUUUGCUCGCCUCCGCGCGCGCGACCUCGUCGCCGUGCAGCACGGACAAGUACACCGUCUCCGCGUGGAGCUCCGUGAGAUCCCUCGAGUGAACCUGGAUCGCUUUCGGCUUCUUCGCUUCCGCGGCGGGGGCGUACAACGCGACGGCGAUGCCUUCGCCGUCGCCGGCGCCGAAUCGCAGCGUGGCGCUCCGGACUUUCCGGCGGCGGCGCGACUUUUUCGCGAGCGAGACGGCGAGGGAUUGCAUCCUGUCCGACGCGCACGUCACGAGCUCGUGCCCGCGCGUCGUCGUCGUCGUCGUCGUCAGCGCCGUCGCCGUCGCCGUCGCCGUCGCCGUCGCGGCGGUCGACGACGGCGGCUGCGACAGCGCCGCGGACGGCGGCGGCUCGUCCCCCGCGCACGUCAGCAACCGGCGAUAAAACGUCGACGGGUCAAACUCGGCGAACUCGCGACGUCCUCCUCCUCCCGCGUCGUCGUCGUCGUCGUCGCCGCCGCCGCCGCCCUCGCCCCCCUCUCUCAACGUCGUCGUCGUCGUCGUCGUCGUCCUCGGCAGCGGCAGCAACACGACGUCGAUGCCGUGCACGUUCCGGUACUCCCGCCACUGCGCGACGAGCUCUCGACCGUCCUCGCCCGGCGCGAGCGGGUCGUCGCGGUUCGUGAACAGCAACACCUUCUUGCUCACGCGCGCGCCCGGGCCGUGGUCGCACAGCAUCUCCCUCGCGGCGUGGUGCGCCUUGAGGAGCGCGUCGUAGUGGCGGUCGGGCGCGGUUUCGUUUUCAGGGCCGUUCUAUACAAGCGAACGUCGGGGUGGAGUUGAAAGGCGUCGGUUGGAGUUGAAAGGCGCCGAGGGCGGGGAUUGAAAGCGAGGGGUGGGCGGAGAGAUGCGCCGGGCAAAGUCCUUAAGGAUCGGCGUCCACCUCGCGAACGGGCUCGUAUGGGGACUAGUGUAUAGAACGCACCUCAGGCGCGGAUCCGAUCUCGCGCGCGAACGUCUCGCGCCCGCGUCGGCCGAGAAGAUCCGCCAGGUCCUGGAUCCGCCGCGCGCUCGGGACGUCCAUCCUCUGCGCGACGUACACGCCGUCGCGGCCGC